CCAGCCAGCUGUUCUGCAAGGGCAACCCAACUCCUGAGCUGGAGCUGAUGGGAGGACAGGCCUGACAUUGCUGGAAUAUCAUCUCUUCCCCCAAACACGCCAUUCCUGACAGGACACAGUCUGAUUUCUUCUUGCUCUUACGGGCAAUGCCUGCCUCUGAGUGGCCAUAGAAACUCUGGCUUCUCGAGAGAAGGGACCACCUCUUUGGUGCCGUGUUGAAGGAUGGCUGGAUCCCUCCCUGCCACCCGCUGGCUCCUAUUACUGUGUGUGGGAUUCCUGGCAGUGGCCUCGUGUGUUGGCUCAGUGGGGUCAGAGAAACUUGGAAGGAGAAGAAGCCAAGAGAAGACAUCCCAGUGGAAUGAGUAUCCCACAGGCCAGGGAAAAAGCAGCAUGCUUCUGCCAGCCUCUAACGACCCGGAACCCCUUCCUGAGCAGUCUCGCAGCAUCGACCCCCGGGACGCCUGGAUGCUCUUUAUGAAACAGUCAAAUAAAGGGGUGAACAGCAAGAAACGGGGCAAAGGCAAAUCAAAAAAAUUCAACUUUGGCCUGCCAGGCCCACCAGGUCCCCCUGGCCCUCAAGGAGCCCUAGUGACACCAGAAGAAUUGCUGAAGGACUUCCGGCUGCUGCUGAAAGAGGUGGUAAAGGAGCGGGAGAGAAUGAGCCUGAAGGCCUGUGAAGGUUGCCAGGAAGGUGAGGAAGAGGAGGAGAGAGGAGAAGAUGACAUCUUGGCACUUGUUGCUGGUCCGUUGGCAAAGACUAAGCCACAGCAUCGAGUGGAGGCAGCCUUCCACUGCCGAAUACGGAGAAACAUUUCCAUUGAACGAAGAUCCCUGCAAGAGCUUCAGAUCUAUUACAUACCUCAGAAAGAGGGGGUGUUCCAUCGAGGCCUGGGGCUGAACCUGACCAGCGGCCAAUACACAGCACCGGUUGCAGGGUAUUACACCUUCACCUCCACCUUGCACAUCGUUCAUGGAGAACAACAGAAGAAAGGGCAACAGCGUGCAAGAGAUCGCCUGCGGGUACUGAUCUGCGUUCAGUCUCUGUGUCAACAUAACAUUUCUCUGGAGACGGUGGCUGGUUUAGACAGCAGUGAACUUUUCACCAUCUCAGUCAGUGGAGUCCUGUACUUACAGGCUGGCCAGUAUGCCUCAGUUUUUGUAGAUAACGCCACUGGAUCAUCCCUCACUGUUCGAAGUGGCUCGGAUUUCAGUGCUGUUCUUCUGGGGGUGUGAAUGGUCUCAAACCAUCUACCCUUACAUGCUGUAAGCUGAAUUGGUCUCUUCGCAAGAACCACCUUAAUUCCCUCCCACCCAAGCACAGGGAGCAAAGCAUAGUGAGGUCAGGAGCAGCAGUCUCUACAAAUUCUACUUGUGCAGCCACCAGCCACCAUACUUUGCACAAGAUCUCAAGCAUCCAAAGAUGGAGAGCCGGAAAGAAAAUUGGAAGCAUGAAAAAAGGAGGACUCACUAAAUCCAUCCCCCUUUAAUUUAAUUUAUGGCCAGAUUUUGAAGCUUAUUUUACACGGACAAUUAUAAUAUGGCUGACUUCUAAAACCAGACCAACUUUUAUAAAGGAACCC